CUACCGAGAUUGUGUCUACCGGCGCGGGUAACCCGAAAGCGAGUGUGGCGAGGAUUAAAGUCGCGGGCCGUUUCCCGGCAUGCGAGAUCGUCUCGCUGCUGUCUGAAGGCCGUGCAAGAACGAACGUAGGACGGCGCGCCAACGAUAAGAAAAGUUUCACGGCCGCGGAUCUAGAAGAGGAAACCGACGACGACGACGACGACGAGGGCGAGGACGAGGACGAGGACAACAAGAAGGACAACGACGACGACGACUACGACGACGACGACGACGGCGACGGCGACGGCGACGGCGACGGCGACGUAUGCGCAAAUCUCCGUCAGUGACGGAGUUGCCUGGUUGCAGCGUGGGUGGCACGCGCGCGCGUUGGCCCGGCCAGCUCGAUUCGAUUAAACUUUGCAGCAGCCCUCGUUCGUCGCGAGCGGGGGGUGAGACCUCGUGCCGUGGCUUGUUAUAUGCCGAGAAUCAUUAUCCCUUCGUGGGUAUACGUCAGAAUCGCGUUGCAGAACGCGAAUCGGGAUAAACGUGACGAUUUGUGCUUCUGCAUCCAGACAUAAUCGGAGGACUUACACGGGACUUGCUGCUUCCUAUUCGUACGACGUCACGCGGGUGCGAGAGAACAAGGCUCAUUAUCGAAUCAAAGUACGGCGGCUGCUCGAUGACCGUCUUCUCUUGUCAAGAGGACGAAGAAGCCGAGGACGAAGACAACAAUAAUUCACGGAAAGACGGAUGUUUAUGUUGCAAUUGGCGAUGUUAUGCAAGAGACUUAGGAGACGAGUGGCGAACAGUUGAGAUGUCCUUCAUAAGGGUAAACCAAUUGCGAAAUAUAACGAAAUUCAUAGAAGUGCGAUGCGAUUUGCAAUGAUGCAGAAACACUUUUGAUUUCCCGUGACCCUGAGAAAGGCAUGACCACGACAGCAUAAUGUGGAAGGCGAAAUGGUUACGUUUCACCGAAUGCUUCUGCCGAAAGUCCGGCCUCGUUCUGAUUUUACCGUGUCUGAUCAUUAUCAUCCUUUAUCUCGUUUCCGACGACGAAUACGAAUACGACGUUCUACAGUAUCCGUCCUUCAAGUCGUAUAACAUUGCUGAAGGCAUGGUGGAUGGUUAUCUCGUAUGGAAUCCGAAAUGUCAUAUGCUGUCCAAAAAGCCUUUGGAUCCGUCCAUCGCGAAAUUCGUGAGGAAGGAAAAACUGGAGAAAUGCCCGAACGAUCGUGUCCUUUCGCAAAUUUCAAGGGAGCCUAACGGCAGCGUAUUUCUUUCUCUCGAUCCCGCCAUAAAAACCAUGCAUAGCGAUGUUGCCUGCUGCUGGUCGCCCGUAGUCAGGCCCAAAGUGGAUAGGCCCAAGAAGGACAACUACGACUCUACGAUAUCAGUCAAGCAGUGCGAGAACUUCACCGGACAAGUGAUGCUUCCGCGCGAAAUGGAGGUGGCGUACGUAUCGUGCAAGGUGAAGGCGAAAUCGAAGCCCAAAGCGAAGACGAAGAACACGAAGCUGUCAACUAAUACGGUGUAUGAGAACGUUCACGCAAUCUUGAACCCGGAGAAGGUACGCGAACGCAUAGAUCACAAUGGCAGCCAGCCCGGAAACUUUUCAAGAAAGUUGAGCGUGCUCGUCCUCGGCAUCGACAGCGUCAGUCGGCUGAAUUUCUACCGAGCUAUGCCGAAAACCGAGAGAUAUCUGCGUGAGACUGGCUGGAUCGGUCUAAAAGGCUAUAAUAAAAUCGGCGACAAUACGUUUCCGAAUCUGAUGGCAAUUUUGACCGGUCAGACACCACAACAAGCAUAUUCUCGGUGCAAGCCGACAGUGGCUUACAAACUCGACAACUGCCCUUUUCUUUGGCACAACUUCCGCAAUGCUGGUUACGUCACGGCCUAUGGUGAGGACGAGACUAUCCUCAACACAUUUAACUACCUCAAGGUUGGUUUUGUCGAGCCGCCUACGGAUUACUACUUGAGACCCUAUAUGUUGGCCAGCGAGAAACUUCUUAAAAUCAAGAAAAGAUUCAACAUGAAAUACUGUACGGGUCCCAAAUUAAGCUUCGAACGGAUCUUCGAUUACGCUGUAAAUUUUGCCCAAACCUUUGUCGGCGUGCCAUACUUCGGAUUCUUCUGGACAAACACGAUCAGCCAUGACAAUAUGAAUGGUAUUUCGUCGAUGGACACUCGUGUGUUGAAGAAAUUCGAGUUUCUGGAACAGGAGGGAAUACUGAACGACUCGAUGAUAAUCUUCCUGAGCGAUCACGGUAUGCGCUGGGGCGAAUUUCGCAAUACCUUUGUCGGAUGGUACGAGGAGAGAUUACCGUACAUUUACAUCUGGUUACCCGAAUGGUUCCGCCAGAAGAAUCCCGAGGCCCAACGAGCUCUUGCGGUGAAUCAGAAUCGACUCACCUCGCCGUUCGAUCUCUACGAAACGCUACGGGAUGUUCUCGCCAUCGGAGGUGGUGAUGCUGAUUCCAGUCCAGGAUGUUCCACCUGCCAGUCCCUUUUCGCGCCAGUCCCUAGAGAGAGGGGCUGUCAGGACGCAGGUGUGGUUUAUCAUUGGUGCACUUGCACGGCUUUCAAGUCGAUUAACGUCAAUGACAGAAUCGCCAACGGUGGCGUGCAGAAGUUCCUGGAUCAUAUUGAGAGUAUCGUAAAAAAUUAUAAGGACAAGAAGGGCCGGCGACUAUGCGCGCGGCUCAAGCUAAAGAAGGUGCACCGAGUGGAUCAGGUGAUCGACUUCGGCACGGAUAACUUAUCCAGCAUCACAUAUUUCUACAUGAUUCAAACAGCUCCCGGUAACGGUAAUUUCGAGGUAACCAUCAGGUAUCACGGUGAUGGCAAUUAUACUCUAUCUGAUAGUGAAGUUAGUAGAAUCAAUCCUUACGCCGUGAGCGCCAGGUGUUUAAAUCGUGGCAUGAAGCAGUAUUGUCACUGUGUAAAGUAAAUAUGAACUCACCAAAAUUGACCAAAAUUGACUUUACACGCGUUGUUACACAAUUUUGUACUUCAUUAACAUUCCGUUGAAUCCGAGCGAAAAGAGUUAACUUUUUUAAGCUAGAAAGUUUUGAAAAAAUGCUAUUCCUAAGUUGAAAAUAUAUGACAGUGAAAAAUAUUCAGGCGUUACUUUAAAUAACUUUCCUAAAACGCGUAAAACCUUAUGAUUGCAUUUGCAUUGCGAUGAUGUUGCAACAAAUUUUCAAGUUAUUUUUGUGUUAAAUUGUACUUUACACAUAUAUUUUUUCCAUACACGAACGGUUGAACUUAAUUACUUUAGUAAAUAUAACUAUUGCGUAAUCUUGAAUCGAUUUUUGUG